AUGCGUAUUAAUCCAUUGCGUGCAGCUUACUUGUGUUACGGCAAUCCAGUGCCAAUCACAAAUGUAGGAAGAAUAGUGUGCAUCAUGUUCUCCCUUUUUGGCAUUCCACUGACGCUGGUUACCAUUGCCGAUUUGGUGCUUCAUCCAAUUUCAGGCAAAUUCCUUUCGGAACACCUGGUGUGGAUGUACGGAAACUAUUUAAAGUUGAAGCACUUUUUGUUCUUAAAACGAGGAGGACGAAAGGAGCGACGAGAACAUGUGUGUGCACACUGCCAACGACAUGGUAUAGGGCACGAUAUGCACAUCAUCGAAGAGCAAAGAAUUCCUGCAUUCCUGGUGCUAGCCAUUCUUGUCCUCUAUACGGCACUUGGAGGUGUUCUCAUGUCAAAGAUAGAACCGUGGACGUUUUUCACUUCAUUUUAUUGGUCAUUCAUUACAAUGACUACUGUCGGGUUUGGUGAUUUGAUGCCACGUCGUGACGAGUAUAUGUAUAUCAUAUUGUUAUAUAUUAUCUUAGGUUAG